AUGCCGCCCUUCUGUAGGAAUGCAAAGUUGGGCUUGCUUUCUUUUCUGAUUUGUGCGGGAAGGAGCUUAUUACCUUUGGGGACAGAUGCUUUUUGGUUAGAAAGACUUGAAAAUAAUAAAACCCUCUGGAAAAAGGCUCAAAGUCAGAAAAUGAGAUACAAGACUUCUUUGGUGAUGAGGAAACGAAUACGGCUUUACCGAAACGCCCUGAAAGAGUCAAGUAGCAGCUCCGGACACCAUGGCCCCCAGCUCGCUGCCGCCUCCAGCCCCUCGGCGUUCCCGGGCCUUCACGAGCAGCCUCCCCAGGCCUCCCCUAGCGGCACUUUGAAUGGACUCCUGCGUCUGGGGCUCCCCGGAGACAUGUACGCGCGGCCCGAACCCUUCCCGCCGGGACCUGUGGCCCGCAGCGACGCUCUGGCAGCUGCCGCAGCCCUGCACAGCUACGGGGGCAUGAACCUGACCAUGAACCUCGCCGCACCCCAUGGUCCCGGCGCCUUUUUCCGCUACAUGCGCCAGCCCAUCAAACAGGAGCUCAUCUGCAAGUGGCUGGCGGCCGACGGCUCCGCACCCCCGCGCCUCUGCUCCAAAACUUUCAGCACCAUGCACGAGCUGGUCACGCACGUCACCGUGGAGCACGUCGGAGGCCCUGAGCAGGCCAACCACAUCUGCUUCUGGGAGGAGUGUCCGCGACAGGGCAAGCCCUUUAAAGCCAAAUACAAACUUGUAAAUCACAUCCGCGUGCACACGGGCGAGAAGCCCUUCCCCUGUCCUUUCCCGGGGUGUGGGAAAGUCUUUGCUAGAUCAGAAAAUCUCAAAAUACACAAAAGAACUCACACAGGGGAGAAGCCCUUCAGGUGCGAGUUCGAGGGCUGCGAGCGGCGCUUCGCCAACAGCAGCGACCGCAAGAAGCACUCGCACGUGCACACAAGUGACAAGCCCUACACGUGCAAAGUGCGCGGCUGCGACAAGUGCUAUACGCACCCCAGCUCACUGCGUAAGCACAUGAAGGUGCACGGGCGCUCGCCGCCGCCGCCCAGCUCUGGCUACGACUCGGCCACGCCGUCAGCCCUCGUGUCGCCCUCGUCGGACUUCGGCCGCGAGCCCCCGGGGGCCUCCUCGGCGGCGGUGGCGGCGCGUGGCGCCGACCUGAGCGAAUGGUACGUGUGUCAGGGCGCGGGUCCCGUCACCGCUGCCCCCGCAGCGCCCCCGAGCCCCGCGCCACCACCUGGCCCCGCCGCCGCCGCCGCUGCCUUCGGUGCCAGGGUUGCUGCUGUGAUUGCUGCUUCCGCGGCCCGGAGGCCUCCUAACCCUGGGCCGGCGGCCGGCAGCAAACAACUCGUUCCCAUCGAGAAACACCCGCCCCAGCGCCAAGAUGUCCACCGCGUUGCUCGCAAGGUAAUCUCGCCCGGCGCAGCUGAGCGCCCGCAUCUCGCGCCUGCAACAUCAAAGGGCCCGCGCACAAAGCAAUGUUUCUUCGCCACGGUGCAUCUUCAUGCAUCUUGGGAGAGAUGCGUGGCCCUCCCGCAGCAUCCUGUCCUCUUCCCUGACUUCCCUCAUGGCUUCACAGAAACAACUCUAAGCAUAGUUGUUCGGGGCAGCGAAAACACAGGGACCCACCAAAGCAGCCUUCGUAGAGAAGACUCCCCUCGCCCCAAUUUCACCCUAGUGACACUGACACUCAUUAACCGAUUUCCAUGGCGGAAGGGAAAAAGGCGCCGCAUCCGCCUUGGCCCCUUCCUGAAGAGCGAGAAGGUUGGGUCCCGAGGGCCUGGCUGGGGCUUGGGAUGCGCUGAGUGGGAUGACGACGGCUACUGGGGUCUGGAUGCUAGGUUCCCUUGGAGAAUACCUUGGAGAACCAGCUCUUGGGGCACAGGCGGCAGGCCUGCAGAGAAGGUAGCGGGAGGAACCCCGGCGCGCAAAUGUGCCAGGGCUACGCGCGGGUGUGAAAAGAGCGGCCCUGAGGGGACGACCACUGGAACCGCCGCGACACAUCCAAGUAGGUGGGCGCCGCGAGGGAGGAGGUCCCUGGCCGUUAGUCCUGGGAUGAGCGCCCCCUCCCGUCCCUGUCGCGGAAGGGUCCCCUCCGGCUCCGGAACCAGUUAG